AUGCAGGAAACAAGUGCCGACGUGUUGUUGACUGAUCUUUGUGCCAUUUGCCACGUCAAUCCCAUCAAAUACACUUGCCCUCGAUGCGGAGUGCACACAUGCUCCCUGCCAUGCGUCAAGCGCCACAAGUCAUGGGCUCAGUGCUCAGGCGUUCGAGACCCUUCUGCCUACCGGAAACGAGCUGAUUUGGCCACACCAAGCUCUGUCGAUCAGGACUUCAACUUCAUCACUUCCGUCGAGAGAUCUCUGGCCCGCGCGGACGAGCUUACCCAAAGCAAGGGCAUUGACUUGGUCCCUAGUGGACUCGUCCGAAAAGGCCAGGAUGCUAAACGAAAGUUUGAUGCCGAGAUCGAAAAGAGAGGGAUAUCCUUGAUCAGGGCGCCCUUGGGGCUGUCAAGACACAAACAAAACAAGUCGCAUUGGGCGGGCCAUGGAAAGUGUCUCAUGUGGACGACUGAAUGGUUGUGCUACGAUGGCGACAAGAGAACUUGUAAUGUUCUCGAGUCGAGGACGGUCGAGGAAGCCUUUCUGAUCGCAUUUGGGAAACACGCCAUCAACCGCAAGAAACGCAAGCGAAGUGAUGCUGAAACAACAUCUGUUUCAGCCCCUCGCCCCACCGAUCAAUAUGUUCCGCCUGUCGCUGCCAGAGAAGUCAAUGGGCGAACGUCGCAUGCUGGAAGUUUGGAGGGGAACUCUCAGAAUCCAGAAUCAGAAUCGACCGCCCAUGAACUCGUGACUGACCAGAAGCGCACGGACACGACUCACAGCCCGACACAAAGGAAUGGGCAGCAUCCAGGAACUCUAUAUUCAUCACAGAACCUCAACUUUUAUCUUUUCAAGCCGAACACAAUAUCGAAAGUGAAAUGUGUGAUUCCGGUUGCUUCGGACUCGAAGCUGGUUGAUGUUCUUCGCAAUCAGACCAUCCUGGAGUUUCCGACCUUCUAUGUUGGAUAUGAUGGCCCCGAGGGUUUGCCUGAUCCAUACAUCACUGAAGAAGAUUACAACAAACAGUACGGGGCAGAAGUGCCGAUCAACCUGCCAACCUACGACCCGAGGGACAAAGCAGAUGAGGAAAACCUUGCCUCGUUGGACAAUAUUGACGAGAAGAAGGUUUUGGAAGUCCUUCAAAAAGACCUGGACGGCUGA